GAAGGAGCGUCGCGGGGUCACAGGCAUGGCAGCCUCCACUCAACAACACGAGUUGUGUGCUGUAGGGAAGACGCCCAGCUCGUAAUGAACGUUAUUUUAUAGAGGUGAAGAUAAGGAGAGGAACCGGGAGAAAUCGAGAAUACCUGCUGGCUGGACGAAUUGAAACAGGGGAAGUACUCUCAACUGUAGCUGAAGGCUUUCCAGGUGGUUGGUGAUAAUGGAUUAGCAAUCCCAGAGAUGGCUCUGUUUGUCCCGAGACUGCGUCCGUGUGUCCGGCUGGAAGGUCCCCUGCAGCGCUGGGGCUCCACUGCUCCAGAGAGGGGAGAAGGGCGGCCGGUAUACCAGUACGUGGGGGAGCGUGCGAAGAGGAAGGAACGGGUGUUUGUCUGGGGGUUCAGCUACACAGGAGCCCUGGGCAUCCCCAGCUUUGUGGUGCCUGACAGUGGCAGAAAGAAACCCAAGAAAUACCAGCUAACCCCUUACAGACUGGAAAUGCACCAGAAGAUCUCCUGGGCUGCCUGUGGUUAUGGGUUCACCUUGCUGUCCUCCAGGACGCGUGACCUGACCAAGGUGUGGGGGAUGGGACUGAACAAAGACUCCCAGCUGGGCUUCCAGCGCAGCCGCAGAGAACGCACAAAGGGCUAUGAGUAUGUGCUGGAGCCUUCCCCUGUCCCCCUGCCUCUGGACAGACCUCAGGAGACCAUUGUGCUGCAGGUGGCGUGUGGUCGGGCCCACUCACUCAUUCUUACUGACAACGAGGGAGUCUUCAGUCUGGGGAACAACUCGUAUGGACAGUGCGGAAGGAAGGUGAUAGAAGACGAGGUGUACAGCGGCAGUCACGUGAUACACCGGAUUGAAGGAUUCAACAGCAAAGUCGUUCAGGUGGCAUGUGGACAGGAUCACAGCUUGUUCCUGACAGACACUGGCAAUGUGUACUCCUGUGGGUGGGGGGCUGAUGGACAGACAGGUCUGGGGCACCACAGGGUGAGCAGCCAGCCUGCCAUGCUCAAAGGGGAUCUGGUGGGGGUCCGAGUCAGGCAGGUGGUCUCGUAUGGGGACUGCAGUCUGGCUGUCUCCCAGGAGGGGGAGCUCUUCGGCUGGGGCAACUCCGAGUACCUCCAGCUCUCUGCUGUCACUGAUUCCACACAGGUACUGAUGUGUGUCUAGAUGUAGAUAUCAUUGUUCUUAAAGUACAGAGAAGG